UUCCUUCCUAUCCCCGUACACACAGAUACCAAUUUUCUCUCACUUCACCCAAUCCCAUGUAUGCAUUCAUUGAUUUGACCCUUUCCUCUCUCUGUCUUUUUAAUUGAUAUGGUUGAAGUUGAAUAUACCUUGCAAGAUCAAUCUUUAUCUAGCUGUAGAUAGUUUUUAAUGUAUUUUAUGGCAAUUCUUUAAUUGUUAAGUCAAUAAACUAGCAAUCUUGUUUGUUGGGCUGUAUUAAAGAUUGGGUUUUUCUUCUUCUGUGAAAAUAUUGGGUUUUUUAUUGGUUAUAUUUGGAGUUUUGGAUGUUUAUUUGAGGGUUUAAUUGGGUGAGCUUGAUUUUGAACUACUUUUUGUUGUGAACUGUCAUUUGUGAUUGUGAUUAAUGCUUGGAGUGAGACAAUGGAAAGAUUUACGGCCAGAGUUUUCGUUCUUUAGCAUUGACUAUUGUAACUUAUUGAAAAAAUAUGAAAAAUUUCUUGAAGAAACUUCAUAUAGGAACGAAUCAGUCUGGAGACUCAGAAGGGUCUGUUUCUUCAUCAAAGAGCAAUAAGUUGAGUGGUGGUUCACCAAAAGAAAGGCUUUCACAUUCCAGGUCUGAGCAUAAUAAGCCCUUUUCAGCUAUAUCAGGAUGGUUAAAUUCUGUCACAAAUAGGCAUAGUCCUAGUCCCCCUUCCUCUUCAAAUGUGGAAAGAGGACAGAGAAUGGAACCUUCUGAUUCUCUGGGUAGUAGUAGCUUGGAUACUUCUCUGGAUGCAAUAAAACAUGACUCAGAAUCGAGCAACUCGAGGGAUCCUGAUGUUGAAGAGGAGUACCAAAUUCAGUUGGCUUUGGAGUUGAGUGCAAGGGAGGAUCCAGAGGCGGUUCAAAUUGAAGCCGUAAAGCAGAUCAGCUUAGGCUCUUGUACUCCUAAGGAGACUCCUGCUGAAGUUGUGGCAUACCGGUAUUGGAAUUACAAUGCUCUUAGAUAUGAUGACAAGAUUCUGGAUGGAUUCUAUGAUCUAUAUUGCGUUUCCGAGUCUACAUCAUCAAGAAUGCCUUCCCUUGUUGAUUUGCAAGGGAUUCCAGUCUCAGACAAUGUUAGUUGGGAAGCCAUUCUUGUCAAUAAAGCUGUUGACAUCAAUUUGCUAAACCUUGAACAGAAAGCUUUAGAGAUGGCUGUCAAAUUAAGGUCGGAUUCUGUAAACUUUGACAUCAAUAUGGCGCAGAAGCUUGCUACUUUAGUUUCUGAUUACAUGGGUGGCCCGGUUGGUGAUCCCCAUAACAUGUUGAUAUCAUGGAGAAAUCUCAGUUAUAAAUUGAAGGAAAAUCUUGGGACCAUUGUUUUGCCUCUUGGUUCUUUGACAAUUGGAUUGGCUCGUCAUCGUGCGUUGCUAUUCAAGGUAAUAAAUGCUUCAUGGUGUUUAGGUUUCUGGAAUUUGAAAAUCUUCUAUUUAUAACAAAAUAUGAUCAUU